UUAAAUUCUUUAGACAACACACACACUACACACACCCCUGCUCUAAUACAAUUCUGACAUAUAAUAUCUCAAAUAUGAAAUGCAAAAGUUUAGAAGAAAUAAAAAGCAUGCUUCCUGUACAUAGUCUUCUCAAAUUCCAGUUUUUAUUCAACAUAUUCCUGAUCAUUGAGAAUUAUUAUCAACAUUAGAACUCAAUACUGGAUCUCACAAGAUAGUGAUUUGUUUCAAGCAAAUAUAAAGAAAUGUGAAGAAAGCUUCAUACUGAUUUGCAUAGAUUUCUUAGAGUCAAACUACUGUCACUAAAGUUCUGACUAAAGGAGAAGUAUUGAAUCUCUGAUACGAGAUAAACUCUCAUUUUCACACAGUUCUCUCUUCAGUCAGUGUAGAAGCAUCAUCUUGAGCUCUGAGAGGAUUUCUGUCGUCUUCAACUCUCUUCUCUGGUGGAGUGCAUGUAAAUGAUGGAGACACUGGUGACGUUCCUCCUCACUGGAUCUCUGAUACAAGGUGUUUUUUGUGGCUACAGUAUCAAUCUGCCACAGAGAGUAGAAGCUCUACGAGGAUCCUGUGUUUUCAUACCCUGCUCAUUUGAUAUUGAUCCACAGCUGAGCAUUUACCUCACUAACAGUGCAAAGAGAAAAUGGUUUAAUGCUGUAACACAAGUGUUUGACUCCAGCAGCCCCAACACUGGACUGUUAAAAGGAGAAAUAUUUGGCACUGCUUCACAGAAAAACUGCACCACACGCUUCGAUAAUCUUGAUCAGAGUCAUAAUGGGUCAUAUUACUUCAGACUUGAAGCCGGCAUUUUAUUGCAAUAUAACUACAAAGAACCUAAACACACACAAGUUCAAAUUGCCGUCUUAGGAUCUCCACCCAAACCCACACUGAGUCUCUUUAAGGAUCAGCAGGAGGUGAUGAAGAUGAUGGAGGUGAUUGAGGGAAGUUCAGUGAUUCUGCGCUGCUCUACUAAGAUCUUCUGUCCGUCUCGUCCACCAUCUCUCAGAUGGAGCUCAUCUCUCAAUGUGAACGUCACAGAACAGCAGUAUCAGAACCAAACUGAGCUCAUCUCUGAUCUGAACUUCACUGUUUCUCAGCGUCAUCACAGAGUCACUUUCACCUGCACUGCAACACACCAGCUACAGCAGCCGAUCACGACACAAGAGUCCUGGAUAAUACUAGUUCAGUAUGGUCCUAAAAACACAUCGGUGAGGAUAAAUCCAGCUGGUUUGGUCCUGGAGGGCUGUUCUGUGACUCUGAGCUGCAGCAGUGAUGCAAACCCAGCAGUGAACUACACCUGGUAUAGAGACACUGAAGGACUCCUGAAUCCAGUUCAGACCGGACCAAACCUGACCAUCAGCAACACCGACCCGUCACACAGAGGACGAUACUACUGUAGAGCUGAGAACAAACACGGCACUCAGAACACAUCAGUGCUGCUGGAAGUCCAGUUUGCGCCCAAAAUCUCCAGCUUUUGUAGCCGAAAAAGCGUAAUGGAGUGUGUCUGUGAGGCUCAUGGGAAUCCCUGCCCUACAAUCGAGUGGCGUCUGUCUGGACAUGUGUUCACUAACUCUACAGAAACAUCCAUCAGUGAGGAGAUGUUAGGAAGCACAGGAGUGAAGAGCAUCCUGACCGUCCAUCAGUCCCUCACAGACACGGAUGUCCUGCAGUGUUUCAGCGCAAACAUUUACGGCAGCGCUAGUCAACAGUUUCAGACCAUCCCACCGCCACAAGACAUGGGUGAGAAACAAAACAACAGCUUUAUCUGA